GUAGCUCUCGCAGCUUUCCCCAUUGAUGUCAAACGCAGGAAGCCCAUACCAGGAUAAUGGAAGUGAUUUGUUUUUUUUUAAUUGAAAUCAAAAUGAAAUUUCAAUUGAUUUUGUUUUUUACUUGCAAUUUGCGGUUAACAUUAUCCGUACUGGACUAUAAACCAAGACUCUUCGUUCGUCAAGACAGUGAUAAUAGUCUGUGGUAUAACCAGAGCCAGAGGAACACUGUGUUUUUUCACCCAGAAGACUCCAAUGAACUAUACGUCGGAGGAACAAACUUUGUGUACAGGAUUAAUAUAGAAAAUGGCAGCCUUGUAGAGAACAUUCCGUUGACAGUCACUGGGGACCAAAACUGCAAAGAGAUUUCCUGUGAAAACGUCAUUACCGUCAUUCAACAGUUCCAGGACAGGUUGUUUGUAUGUGGUACAAAUGGAAACAAGCCGCUGUGUUGGAAGCUGCAUCCCCAGGUCGGAAAUCAAUCGACUCAGGUUAUUGAAACUUCUGAAGGCACAGGGAUUUCACCUCACAUCUACACACAGAACUCCCUAUCUCUCACUGUAGAGGGGGACCUUUACACUGCAGUGCCUCUGAACAGCGAUGGGAGCUUGCUGCAGUUCCGCAGGAAGAAAGGCCAAAGACCCACUGUCUGGAUGCACCCCGGAUGGGUGAUGGAACCCACCUUCAUCUCCACUAGCUGGGUCAGACGUAAGGAGGACAAAGACCAGGAGAAGAUCUAUUUGUUCUUCAGGGAGAAGAACUCAGACAGCAGUCCAGAUGCAGACCCCUGGAUAUCAAGAGUUGCCCGUGUGUGCAAGGUGGAUGAGGGCGGUCCGAAGAGAUUCUUCCAGAACAUAUGGACAUCGUUCCUGAAGGCGAGGCUGGUGUGUGGGAUCCCCAGCGAGUCACUGUACUUCAACCGCCUGCAGGACAUCUACGUCCAGCACGCCGACGACUGGAAGGACAGCCGGGUUUAUGCCCUCUUCAGCAGCAGCUGGAACUCUACUGCUGUUUGCAUCUACUCCAUGGCAGAGAUCGAUCAUAUCUUUGAGAGCUCCUCCUUCAAAGGCUUUCAAGGAGAAAUCCCAGAACCAAGGCCAGGAACAUGUGUCCCGGACAGUAAGACCCAGCCUGUGAACACCAUCAGAGUCCUAAGGGAUCACCCUGAAAUGAGCGACUGGAUCCAUCCCAUCCACCACCAGGCCCCAUUCUACAUCAGCGCCAAUAAUUACACCAAACUCGCCGUGGAUCUUGUCUCAGCCGCCACCGGCGUUGCACACAGUGUGCUCCUCCUUGCUACUGCCCAAGGAAUGAUCCACAAGAUCUUGGAGGACGACUCUAAACCCUUUAUUAUCUCUGAGACACUUCUCUCGAAUCACACCACAUCUGUUCUGUCCAUGAAUCUGAAUUCUGAAAGGAGGAAGCUCUUCAUUGGCUUUCCAGAUCAGAUUGCUUGGUUGGAUCUGCAGAGAUGCCAGGAUUAUAAUGGAUCUUGUGAAGAAUGUGUUCUUGCGCGCGAUCCAUACUGUGCCUGGAACGAGUUGGGGUGCACACCUGUCAGCCCUGUUGACAGGUAUUUUUCUUCCAGUGGAGGAAUUCAGAAUAUUCUUGGAGGCGAAACGAGUGUUUGUCCCAAAAAUUAUCCAGCAUAUACUCUCCUUCCGGAAACAAAGAGACCAAAGAGGGAUGCCCUGUCACAAACACAAGACCCUCCCGGAGUUACCUAUUCCAUCCCCCUGGGUGUGCCCUUUUACCUGUCCUGCCCCAUACACUCCCACCACGCCUUCUACACCUGGGAGUACGGGGGCCGCAGCAGCAGGUGCCAGCAGACGGGGACUGACUGCCUCCACCUCAUCUCCGCCAUGAGCCAGGACAGCUACGGGAGGUACUACUGUGUGUCCAGCGAGCGGGACUACACCAUGGUGGUGAGCUCAUACCAGCUCAAUCCCAGCAGAGUGGAAAAGAGCGGAGGAGUCUGGGCCUCGGCACAGAGGCCCACCGUGGCUGUUCUUGUGGCGGCUCUUUUAGCAACGUCCUGCUAUUAGAACUAACGUCUCUCUCCUUGCCAGCCUGCCAGCUUGUGCCAUACAGCCGCUACUGAUGAUUCAAAAUGCCGCUGCCCGACUCAUCUAAAACCUUCCCAAAUUCUCCCACGUCACUCCUCUGCUGCGAUCACUCCACUGGCUACCGGUCGCUGCCAGAAUCCGGUUCAAAGUCCUUACCCUCGCCUACACUGCAGCCAACAGAACAGCCCCUAUCUACUUGCAGGACAUGAUUCGAUCCUAUACCACGCAGGGCAACUUUCAAAAAAAGUUCUUCAAAAAAGAAAACAGCAGAAUCCAAAAAUCCAAAAAGAAAAACAUGCAGAACAGAACUCGGGCAGGGCAGGAACUCACGGGCGGAAACACAGAGGCAGAAAAACAUGCGGAAACACAAGGAACCAGCACCUGAGUCAGGGAAGCAAAGAACGUAAAUAGACACGACACUAAUGAGACAUAGGAGGGCACAAUGCACAAUCAGACCACAGAGAGGGAAGGGAAAAUGAGAUAUAACCAAAAAACAAUAAUAGAAUAGAAUUCCUGAAAUUUUUUUAAAAUCUAUUUAAUUUCCUGUAUGGGAAGUUUUUAGAGAAUUGUAUUGAUGAGGUGAUAUCAGACACUUUAUGAAAUUGGUGAGGAUUGAGGGGGUGUCCCAUUAGAAGUGGAGUAAUGCAUGCAACAGCAUUUCACAGGCCCCGGCAUUUCCCGCCCCGCUGAAACUGCAUGGGGAUCGGCACCGCUUGGCCUUGGGUCCAAACUUUGCAUGGUAAAAACACAAGCCAGGUCCCGCCGCCGUUGAGGAGCUGUUGCUGCGGCAGCGACUGUUGUGUCUCCAGGCAGUGGCGAAAAGGCUUGGGCAGGAAAAAGCGCGGCGGCGCAGUGCUGUUGACCUGCCAGGAAAAACUUAUCAGCCUCCUCUGCCAGAGCACAGCAGUCGGUGAUGGCGGUGUUGGCCAAAGCAGCCCGUACCUGAGAAGGCAGCUGUCGCAGAAACAGUUGAACGAAGUGGAAGUCGGGUUUAUGCUCUCCCAGGCGAUCCAGCAUCCUGUCCAUAAGUUCAGACGGUUUGCUGCCGCUGAGACCUUAUAGCGAGAAAAGCCGGCUAGCCCGCUCAGCGUCAGAAAGUUAAAACAUUUUCAACAGGUGAGCUUUGAGUGUGUCGUAUUUAUCGUGCUGUGGAGGACUUUUAAGGAGGCUCACCACUCUGGUUGCUGUUGAACUCCCGAGGGCCGACACCACAUAAUAAUAUUUUGUGGCAUCCGCGGUGAUCUCCCGCAACGCGAACUGCGCUUCUGUCUGGGCGAACCAAGCCGAGGCUGACUACUCCCAGAACUCUGGCUGCUUGAGAGGAACUGCAUUAGAGCUGCCUCUGAAAACAUCCAGCAGACAAACGUCAGGGUCACCAGUGUAGGAAUUGUAGGGAAGUAGAGACGGGCAAUUUCUCUCAGUUGACUACACAAAUGAGUGUGUCAUUUAUUUCAGCACACACAGUUAGCGAGCCAAAAAUGGCACUGCUCAAGCAAUAAUAAACGUAACUUCUGUUACCCAGAAAGCACUCUUUCUUAAAGGGACCGUGUCUACCUAACACAGAAGAGCACACAAUAUAACUGCGUGUGGUGAACCAACAUCAAACCACCAAUUAUGGUGAAUUAUGUCCAAAGAGUCCGCUGCAAAGGCUUAAAUAAGAGUGCAAUCAGUUUAUUUUUAAUAAAUGCAAUACUGUUUUCUGCUGCUGUUGCUAAAUAAAGUACUGUUUAAUAACGUACAUUGAAAAUAGAAGCUCGGAUUGGUAGUUCUUUUAUAAAUAUGUUGUAGACCUGUGUUGACGCUGUAGAGUUUGGUAUAUAGGACUGCCAUCAAUAUACUGUGCAGCACCAUUUGACUGAUGACAGCAAUAAGCCAAAAUCUUUUGGCCUCAUUUUGACUAAAAACGUAAUGUUGGUCUUUUCUGAAUGUAAUUAGCAAUAGGAGAAAGCUUUAUUUGACCAGUUCAGUAUCUCUCCAGUUCAGCAGAAACAUGAUUACAUAAACAAGAAGAAUAGAGAUUGAAAUGCAUGAGGUUUUCAGGUUGGGGUGUGAGUCGGGGUCCAAACGCAUUAGACAUGAGACUUCUGCAGCAGUAUCCUUGUUGUUUCUGAGAAUUAGGGCCUGGUAAAGGAGCCCCUUACAGAAAGGAUGUUUGAAGGAGUGCCUGUUCAAACAGGAAGGAUAACAUAACAGUUUUGUUUGCUGAGAGACUUCUGAAUGGAAGCUGGGUCCAAUUAGUGGGUAGCAGCCAUUAAGACAGACAGGAGACGUGACCGGGAAGCGGGAGGUGCUAGGCAUCCUGAGGUAGCGGAACGGAGGGGUCUGGCUGGCAUGUAGGGUAUGAAGAUCUUAUGGAGGUAUGCUGGGGCUGACCCCUUAACUGCCUGGUAUGCUAGGACCAAUGUUUUGUGGAGUGGAGGGUAGUGAACAGGGGGGUGACAUAGGAGUGUCUGGGGAGGUUGAAGACCAGAUGAGCUGCAGGGGUCUGAUGGCAGAUGUCGGAAGGCCAGCCAGAAGAGAGUUGCAGUAGUCCAGACGGGACAGUAUCAUUGCUUGGACCAGGAGCUGGGUUGAGUAGGUGGUGAGAAAGUGACGGAUUCUCCGGAUGUUGUACAGGAAGAAUCUGCACGCUCGGCUUACCGCUGUGAUGUUCUUGGAGAGGGACAGCCUGUUGUCCAUCAUCACUCCGAGAUUCUUAGCACAAUGUAUAAUGUGUCUUUACUUUUGCAAGCACGCUUCAGCAAUCACCAGAGUGAUCAGAAAGAUUGUGUUUGCAUCGAAAAAGGAACUUUUGUGAGGGGAAAAUAAGUAUAACCACUGAUGUUGAAUCCAGGGGUGUGCACUUGAAGACUCCUUUAGCUAGCAACAGGCAAAAUAAGGGCAAAUUAUUAAGAUUCUAAUAUUACAUUAUAUUACAUUUAUUUGGCAGAAGCUUUUAUCCAAAGCAACGUACAAUAAGUGCAGUCAGUGGGACAACUACAAAACACAGGUCCGAUAAGGUACAAUAGUCAUUAUGUAACCGUUAUCCAUAGCCAUGCACAUCAUACCCAGUUCAUGCAGUAAGCAUAGGCUAAAUCAGAAAGUCAUGGUAAGUCAAACUAGAAGGAGGCAUGAUGACGAGCUACAUCAAGAUAACGAUACAAGUGAAAUAUAAGUGCUGGAUGGAGAUACAAGUGUAACAUGAAAGUUCUAGAAGAACAAGAUAAAAGGAUACUAGUGAUAAGUGUGAUCUUAGAUCCUAGAAGUGAUAAGAGUGCCCUGCAGAGUAGCGAUAGUCCAAGUGCAGUCUGAAGAGGUGCGUCUUCAGACCACGGCGGAAAGUGGGCAGGGACCGAGUGGUCUGAAGAUGCAUCUCUUUAGACUGUACCUGUAUUCUGAUAUGGAGUGUGCUAAAUUGAGUCUCUGUGCACAGAUCAGCACAGGGCCCCAGUGCUGCUAUCUUUAGUUUCUGUCUUGGGCAGAUUUUAUGUGAUCGUAUUGAUUGUACUGAAUAGAUGGAGUGCUUUCUGGUGGGAUGUAUGUAAUGCAAGAGGCUUGCUAUAUUUAUGUGGGCUCAGUGGCUUGCAAAAGUGGUUCUCAUGGUUAUUGUCUAUUGAUUGUUCUGGUACUGAAGUGCAUGUGACUGGAAUACAAGCUACAGCACUUAUGCCGGCACAGCUGUUGGUAAGGGCCAAAUAAAAGGACUGGGAAGUCAAAUGCAAAAGAAACAACUGAUGAGGAAAGCAUAACAAAAGGCUGGUCUGUGCAUGAGACUGAAAGCAUUGUCAAUGUUCAGAAACGACAUGGUAGUUGAAAAAAGCAUGAACAAUGUUGUAACCGUAAAUUGGCAACUGCUUGGAAUUUAAUCUGAUGCCUUUCUAAGCUGAAUUACUGUAAAAUGCCAAAUGUGCACUUGCAUGAAGGCACAGAGGUGCAGAAACAUUGUUCAGCAGGAACAUGUUACUGUCCCAUUAGUGCUGCUUACAGACAGGAAAGCUGUAACCCUGGAAAGGCUGGCUGCGUUGAAACAUAAUUUUUGUUAUUUUUUUGUAUAGAGGUACCCUUGUAGUCUGCGUUUGAGCAGCAGAACCUUUUGCAGCUUUCUGCACUGGUGAUAGCUGAGCCUCUAAACCAUAUAUUUAACUUGACCAUUUUUUAUAGCAUAAUACCUUACCUAAGAUCUGGAAAACUGCUAAUGCACUCCAACUCUUUAAAGGGGGUGAGGCUAGCGAUCUAAAUAACUGUCGUCUAGACAAAAAAUUCAUGAAUCUUUCAUUUGUUCCCAAUGAAAAACUUUUCUUACUGGCCACAAUAUCUUAUAUCCCUAUAGGUCUGGCCUCAGACUUGAUCAUAGCACCAUUACAGCUACCACCCUACAUCAUAAAUGACAUUGCAAAGACAUUAGAUAACAAACAACAUUUUAUUGCUGUUUAUUAUUAACCUGGAUUAAUACACUGGAUCAUCCCCUGUUUUUAAAUAGUCUUUUGCAUGUUGGCUUUGAUUGCUAUGUUCAUUCUUGGUUCUGUAAUUACUUAACAGAAAGGACACUGCAUUUAUGUAGAUGUGAUCAACUCAAGUUUACUCAAUAUCUCUAAGGUUCUUUCGAGCAUUCUUAAAUGACAUUGGACUGAAUUUGUAAAAACAAGAUAAAAAUAUUUGUGCUGAUGAUGCAAUCAUUUAUUUCUUUCUCAAACUGCUUGCCAGGCCAUAAAUGACCUGCAGCUUGGAUUCAAUAUUAUUCAAAAAUCUUGUGGAGCAUACGUUCAUUUUAAAUGAAAAGAAAACAAAAUUAGUUUUUCUCCAGCUCACACAAGCUUGUUACCAUAGACCUGCAAAUAUGUACUUUAAAGGGUGCAUACAUUGCACAAAUCUCCAAAUAAGUACUUUGGCAUGUGGACUGAUGAUUGCCUGUCUUUGAAAAGUCACAUUGACAACUUGUACAUUAAAAUCAAAAGUCAACUCUAGUGCUUAUGCGGGAACCAAUCAUGUUUGUUUUCCUUUAAAACAAGAAGGAAGAUUGUUGAAGCAUCAUUCCUCCCUGUCCUUGAUUACAGUGACAUAAUUUACAUGCUCCAGUCUCAAUAAAUAAACCACUAGAUACUGAUUGCUUGAAGGUAUAUCAUUAACCGUAGCUCUCAGACUCAUCGUUGUCUAUUAUACCAGACUGUGUGAUGAUAUCCUUUAUAUUUAAGAAGAAAAAAACAUUAUCUUAUUUCUACCUAUAAGGCUCUCUCACAUUACCCCACUUCACUUAUUAGCAUUACAACCUCAAAAUACAAUACACACUCUCAGGAUUACCUUUCAUUGCCAGCAAACUGUACAUUUUAAAUGUUUUAAAUUAUAUUAGACUUUUCAUGGCUAUUUAUAUUUUUAUGUCUUUGUCUGUAAAUUGAAAUAUUUGAAACUAUUUGUCUUGUUCCCAUUUAGUUUUCAGCCCUUUGCUUUUUUUAAAUUAUUUUAUUUUAAUUGUAAAGGGCACUACUGAAAAUGACAGCCUGGUGAAUAAACAAGGAUUUUCCCUAAUAUGUAUAUUUGAAAUGUAUAUUCUGAAUGAAAAUAUAGCAGCUAUGUAAUCUAAAUUUGUUUGAACAUUUAAUAUUAACAUUAUGCAAUAUUUUCAUAUUUACUGACUGUAGAAGUGCAAUAAAGAAAUAAACUAAUUAAGUAGUGCUACUAUCAAUUUGUUUAUGGUAGCCCUGAUAACUUUUAUUUUAUAUCUUACGCAUAUUGUUCAGAAACAGAAACUAAAUGGUAUAGUGAUUAUAUUGUAGUAUACAUCUGUUUUAUUUUCAUAAAUGAUUGUAAUUUAUUUUUCUAAUACAAUCUGCUGUACGAGUUCAUUGUUUUUUUUCUAAAACUUUGUUUUGUGUUUCAACUAAGUUUAUCUUGUGUUGGCUCAUAUGGUAUAUAAAUAUAAUUUUGGCUGAGUUGAAUAUAAAUAUGAGAUGCCUGUCCAUUCGUGUUCGCUGAAUUUUGUUCAAUGAGUCACAGAAACAUUCUUACUGUACUUUUGAACAUGUUUUUCCCCAGUUUUACUUUCUCUCCACCAUCAGUUUGGGAAAGCGCAGUUUUGUAGUUGGGCUGCAUAGUCACUGUAUUGGAAGGCAACACUUUCGUUUCUGCAGUGUCGGAGAUCUAGCGUUUAGUGCUCACUGCCUUUAAGAGAGAUACAGAAUGAUUGCAUUGGGCAAACUUGUUCAUGGUCCAUACAAUAUUAUAUUGCUACUAAGUAGCCUACUCUGGCUGACCUGCUUUGUCUGCCCCCCGUCUCCCCCUCCACAAACAUCAAAGGAAAUGUCCUUGGACAAUUAAAGUCACGCUGAGGCCUGAAAUCUAAGCAUACAAUCUGUGGUGCCUCCUCUCCUGCAGAGUUAAUUGUUUCUGAAGAAACAUCAGAACACCAAGCUAUUUAGAGUGUCAGUGCCCAGCGUGACCACAGAAAACCAUAAGGAUCAUGGUUUCCUUUUUUCCAUUCUAAAGCCCUAUUCGCACGGGACUAGUAUUACCUGGGGACCUCAUGUGAUUUAUAAAUUACCCCCCCCCCCCAACGUCUGUGUUUCGUGUGGCGCAUUCGCACGGGAUAAGCGUGUUUCAGCAUCAAGCUUUCGUCAGGGAAUAAGCUUGAUGCUGAAACACGUCAGAGUUUGUUUUUAAAGUUUUAAUAUGACCAUGCCACAACAAUAAAGGCAUUUUAAUUGUUAAAAAAGAGAGUGCCUUGGAGUUUUCUUUGAUUUUAAUUUUUCUAAUUGACUGUUUCUUAUUUAAUAAAAUGAUAUAGAGUUUG